GAGAGGGAGGGGAGAGGGACCAGAGCGCCGGGAGCCAGAGGAGGCGGGCGCCGCGCCGCUCCCGGCACCGCCACGCACGCUCGCCCUGCCCGAGAGACGCGGGGCAGCCUGGUCGCGGGUCACCUUGUCCCGGAGGCUGAGUGGAGUUUUUCCCAUGAAGGUCCAAGAAGCCGACUGAGAGGUUAUUACGCUCCAUGAUUAGAAGCUGAUCUGGCUGUGAGGACAAAUGGGUUCCUCAAGGCAAGUGUGACCUGCGUGUCCUGUGCAGCCGGAUGCCUGGCAUGGAAGCCAGCACCAUGGACGGCCCUGCCGGGCCAAAGAGUGAGCUGGCGUGCAGCAAGGUCCUGGACACUGGCCCAAGGAAUGGGCUCAUCAACACCAGAAACUUCAUGGCCGAGAACAGGGAUGGCCUGGUGUCCAUGUACCCAACGCCCCAGUACCAGAGCCACCGGAGCAUGGACAGUGGGGGGAAAGAGUCUGCGCAGCAGCUGCUGGACCCCAACGCCCUGCAGAGGUCAGUGGAGUCACGGUACCGGCCCAACCUCAUUCUCUACUCUGAGGGCAUGCUGCGCUCCUGGGGAGACGGUGUGGCCACCGACUGCUGUGAGACCACCUUCAUCGAGGACCGGUCGCCCACCAAAGACAGCCUGGAGUAUCCUGAUGGGAAGUUCCUGGACCUUUCUCCUGAUGACAUCAAGAUCCACACACUGUCCUACGAUGUGGAGGAGGAGGAGCUACAGGAGCUGGAGAGUGACUACUCCAGUGACACAGAGAGCGAGGACAACUUCCUCAUGAUGCCCCCACGGGACCACCUGGGGCUCAGCGUCUUCUCCAUGCUCUGCUGCUUCUGGCCACUGGGCAUUGCAGCCUUCUACCUGUCCCACGAGGGGCCAGGGCAGGCGCACAGAAACCGACUUCUGGCCAGGAGCAUGGAAACUGACUUCCUUCCCAAGGAGCAGCCACAGCGAAGGGAAAGACAGACGAAUAAGGCCGUGGCUCAAGGUGACUUCCACCAGGCUAGCACCAGCUCCCGGCGCGCCCUCUUCCUGGCCGUGCUGUCCAUCACCAUCGGCACGGGCAUCUACGUGGGUGUUGCUGUCGCCCUCAUCGCCUACCUCUCCAAGAGCAACCACCUGUGAGCUUCCUGCAGGCACCAGGAGGGACUGGCACAUGGGGGCAGCUCAGGUGGUGUCGGAUGACACCCGAUGGCUGGAGUUUCCACCAUGACUCCCUGAUUUCUCCUUUAACUCCAUCGUCACAGCACUGCGUGGGCUCUGCACAUAUGGGCUCCAAAGCCCCUGGCCACAGGGCUGUCUGGGAUGGGUCCAGGUGGAGGGAUGACAUUUCGCUCUCUGCAGCUGCCAUGCCUCAUAUGCCACCACAUUAGCAAUAUACAAACAGUAAAAAAGAAAAAAAAGUAUUUAUUUUUAUGGAACAUGGUCAAGGUGCAAUAGGCUGAGGGCAGGGACUGUCUGCUCUGCUGUUGGUGGCUGCCUGGCUUCUCCACAUCCCAAGCAUCCAUGAGACUUUCCUCCCAGAAGACAGAAAAUGGGGCUGGAGAUGAGGAGCACAGAACAGUUGUAGGGGACUCUGCGUUACCAUCUGAAGAAGGGUCUGGCCCCAAGGAUGUGAAGCCAGAAAGACAUGGCUCUGGUCCUGAGGCCCCUCAUGCCCUCCAUGCUGCCCUGAAUGUGUCACUGCACAGCCACCCACUCACAGCAGUGCGAAGCUUUGGGCUAUUGGGGAGGUGGUCACGGCGGGCAACGUAGGCUCCUAGAAAAUGGCCCCACAUUGGUGCCAGGAACUGGAGGCAAAAGAGCCAGGAAGACCUAAGAUGCCCAUGACGUGACUGCCCUCAUGAUGCUCAUCCGGUCCUAAGCAAUGACAAUGACAGCGCCAACCCUAGACACAAGACAGGCCUUACUCUGUCAACUCAAUGAAUCACUAUUUUCUUGUCAUUUUUUAAGUGCAACUCUUGCUUCAUGCUGCUUCAGUUACCAGAUGAAUGCUGAGAAAUAAGUCACCACAGACAUUUUAAUACCAUCUCACAGCUGUUUUACGGUGUUCAUUAUUUAACAAAAGUUAUCUUUUAGCUUA